UUCAAGGCCCGGCAGCCGCAAGCAUGGCCUGUCCAGGGGCCUGGGCGCCGCUGCCGGAGUUACCAGAGAAGAACUACGGGUACCGCGAGGUCCAGUACUGGGACCAGCGCUACCGGGGUGCUGCCGACUCUCCUCCCUACGAGUGGUUCGGGGACUUCUCUUCCUUCCGUGACCUCCUAGAGCCGGAGCUGAGGCCGGAGGACAGUAUCCUCGUGCUAGGCUGUGGAAACAGUGCCCUGAGCUACGAACUAUUCCUUGGGGGCUUCCCUGAUGUGACCAGUGUGGACUACUCAUCAGUAGUGGUGGCUGCCAUGCGGGAUCGAUAUGCCCACGUGCCCAAGCUGCGCUGGGAGACCAUGGACGUGCGGGCACUGGGCUUCCCCAGUGGCUCCUUUGACGUGGUGCUCGAGAAGGGCACGCUGGAUGCCCUGUUGACUGGAGAACAGGAUCCCUGGAACGUGUCCUCUGAAGGUAUCCACACUGUGGACCAGGUGCUGAGUGAGGUGAGCCGAGUACUGGUCCCUGGGGGCCAGUUCAUCUCAAUGACCUCUGCUGCCCCCCACUUUCGGACAAGACACUACGCCCAAGCUCGUUACGGCUGGUCCUUGAGGCAUGCAACCUAUGGCAAUGGUUUCCACUUCCAUUUCUACCUCAUGCAGAAGGGCAAAGAGCUCAGUGUGGCCCAGCUGGCCCUUGGGGCCCAGAUCCUCUCACCUCCUAGACCUCCCACCCCACCCUGCUUCCUCCAGGACUCAGAUCAUGAGGACUUCCUCAGUGCCAUUCAGCUGUGAGGCCAGAAGCAUGGUCCUCCUGCCUUUCUGCCCCAGGCUCAAGUAUUCAGAAUUCCUGACUCAGGGCUUAAGGUCAGGUCCAAAGUGCCCACAUCCUAGGGGCCUCAUGCCUAACUAAGACAGAGCUGAUGGGAGCAACCCCACAUGAAAAAAAAUACAGGCUAGGUCAAACUA